UUUCCCUUUGUCCAUUACUCGCUUUUUCCUUCAGAAAUCCAAGUCCUCUUCACUUCAAUUUUCUUCGCCUCAAAGUUCUAACAACAUAAGAAUUUCGAUUACAAAUCGCCUCUGGUCAGAUUAGGAAUCUGCUUACCAAAAUCCUAUGUAGAAUCUAUUUCUUGUGCACGGUUUCAGAACUCUUCUACGUCGGAACUCAGCUCAAUGCUGCUGCCAAUAAAACUGUUACCAGGUGAAGCCAUGGACGCUAAGUCAUUCGCCAAACUCAAGAAGCAGCUUGCCAAGGAAUCUAAGAAGAAGGAGGUUUCCAGGCAGCAGAGGUCCGUGGACGAAAUAUUUCCGAAGGCUGGAACUCCCAAGGUGCAAAAAGGUGAGGAGCCCUCGAGGAAGACUGUAGUUGGUGAUGACGCUGGCUCUGAUGCCAGGGGCUCUCAGGUCGAAGGGCUCAAGAGGAAGAGGACUGGGAAGGGCGUGGUGCCCUCGGAGAAGAAGAUGAUGGGGCUACUGAGAGGAAGGAUACCCUCAUAGUGAUUGUUGAGGAGUACUCCCCUCCGGCCGCCACUCCCCCUUGCUCACCUCCGUCUCGCACAAAUGAGGAGACCCGCGUUGCCGAGAUCGUUCAGUUCCCUAUCAAGGUGGGGACCCCCGUCAUGCACGACACUCUGCACCCCAUCGGGUUCAUGAGGGGCGUAAUGUCCUCGAAGGACAGAUCUGUGCUGGCUCAGAUGGAGGAUGCUAUCCUCGACUAUAAGGUUGCCAGCUAUAGCACCAUGGCUGCUUUGGCCGCUUCUGAGCAGGCCAGGAGGGUGGAGCAACUACGCAUCCAGAAGGUGCAGGCCGAUGAGGCCUUGGCGAAGCGCGACGCUGAACUGGCCGACGCCCGGUGGGGCAGCUCCAAGAGGCCCAGACCGCCUUUCGGCUGGUGAAGGAAGCCAUGCAUAAAAUCCUUGAGAAUACCAAGGUGGUGGCUAGGGCCGAAGGUAGGGCCGCUGCUGAGAAGGAGGCUUCCGAGGAGGCCAAGAAAGCCGCCGAGGAAGCCGAGAGCUCAAAGCGAGAAGCUGUUGUGCAGGCAAAGAUGUCGUCGACGCCUUCACCGCUGGGGGCUUGAGAGCUGAGGGCUAGAAGGAGUGGGUGGCCUCGGUCGUGUCUGAGGCCGUAGAUAAGUGGGCGGCAGGCCCCGACGCUUUGUGGCUUGCCCGGAAAGGAAAAAGCUAUUAUGAAGGGGGCGAGUUCUUCACUCAAUCCCUGAUAUAUCGUAAGUUGGCCCAUUACCAUGGCCUGGACCCUAAGGAUUUUGAUCCGGCAGCCUACGGCCUUCCCCCUGCAGCCAGACGUCCGAAUCCCCCUACCUGAGGGCGAAGAAAGGGAGCUGCUGGAGGACUCGAAGCUGGCGAGGUGCGACGAUGAUGGUGAUGAAGAGGUCAGGGAUGACGCCGCCUCAAAACCGAAGGAAGAUGGCCAAGAAGCUGAUGCUUAGGAAAUUUUUCCUUAGAAUAUUUGUUGUAAUAGAUUGGGAGGCCUUCGGCUUCGGCCACUUGUAAACAAACAAUUCGUUUUUUGAAUCUUUGAUGAAUGUAUG